AUGGGUCCGAAACAGACUCCAGCCAAGAAAGCGAACACGCUGUUUUCUUAUUUUAACAAGAGCCCGUCUGUAAAGCAUUCUUCAACUCCCAAAACUGAUGACAAAGAUAUACUGUCUCCCAAGCGAUCGCCUAACCAGAAGGACUCGAGUGCAGGGUCGGCGACUCCGAGAAGUAAACAAACAGUUGAUGACUUUGCUGUUGGUGAUUUGAUAUGGGCCAAGCUCGAGGGCUAUCCUUGGUGGCCGUCUCUGGUGUGUACACAUCCAACUGAUCACAUCCAUUACAAACAAGGCAAGAAUCCCCAGGUCCAUGUCCAGUUCUUUGACGACCCAGUUUCCCGUGCCUGGAUCAAGGCUAAGUAUGUCAAACCUUUCAAAGGUUCAGAUGACAAAGAAUAUCAGAGAGGUGGCCAGUUCUUCUCCCACAACCCAAAGGUAAAACAAGGGGCAUGUGAAGCAGACAAAGCAAUCAAAUUGACCAGUGAUGAGCGACUAAAACUGGUUGUGGAUUUGCAGCCUUCAGAUGAUGAAGAGGAAGAAGAGAGUAUGGAUUUAGAUCCUGACAUAUUUGACAAUGAAAUGGACGAGGAGAAUGAUAACAGCAAGGAAAACGUCAGCACAACUGAGGAGGACAAAAAGCAGAACUCUUCAAAGUCUCCCAGAAAGACGCCAAAGAAAGAUUCAAAACGACGGUCCACACGGACACCCAAACCUAAACGAAGGCGGAUUGUUGAAAGUCGAGACAGUGAAGAAGAUUCUGAUGAUGAAUUCAAACUCAAGGAGGACUCUGAUGAGCCAAGCAGUAGCAGUGAGGAUGAAGGCAGCAGUGGUGUGGAUGAGGAUGAAAUCUCCGACAUAGAGACAGGCUCAGAACCAGAGUCUCCCGUCAAAGCUCCUCUAAAGAGAAAGCGGCCACAGCCAAAAUCCAAAGGUGUUGCCAAGCAGACCAAUAGCCCAGACACAACCACCCCAACCCUCACCAGCUUCUCCAGCAGUGUUAAAUCAUCAUCCACAUUUACCCCAACUGUUGGCGAUAAAACCAAGUCAAGGCUUGCUGUCUUUAAUGCAGCUGAUAGUCCAAGUACUUCAAAGGCCACCCUGACAGAACAGGAGGCAAAUUUCCCACAUCUCAAACUGGACUUCCUCCAACCUCACAAGAUCAGAGAUGCUAAAAUGCGUGAGAGGACUGACCCAGAAUAUGACCCCAAAACACUCCACAUUCCUGAGAGUUUCAAGAAAACUACGACACCUGCCAUGAGGCAAUGGUGGGAACUGAAAGCAAAAUAUUUUGACUCUAUUCUUUUCUUCAAGAUGGGGAAAUUUUACGAGCUUUUUCACAUGGAUGCUGUUGUAGGUGUGAAUGAACUAGGAAUCAUUUUCAUGAAGGGAGAACAGGCUCACUCGGGAUUUCCAGAAAUAGCUUAUAACAGAUACGCGGAGACACUUAUACAGAAAGGGUACAAGGUCGUCCGUAUUGAACAGACAGAGACUCCAGAAAUGAUGAAUGAACGCCUGAAAACCUCCUCAAAGCAACCGACAAAGUUUGACAAAGUUGUUAAGCGGGAAGUUUGUCGUGUAACAACGAAAGGCACACAGACGUUUAGCUUCAUGGAUGGUGACUCUAGUGGUGCUGAGAACAAUUUCCUCAUUGCCAUUGCAGAAAAGGAGGGUAGUGUGGAAGGUUGCAGCACCUUUGGAGUGUGUUUUGUUGAUACUUCUAUAGGGAAGUUUUAUCUUGGUCAGUUUCCUGAUGACCGAUACUGCUCCAGACUACGGACAUUGAUAGCUCAUUACACCCCUACACAGGUAUUAUUUGAAAAGAAUAAAAUGACAACAAAGACACAAUUAGUGCUAAAAAACAAUCUGACAUCUGUGUCAAAAGAAGGCUUAGCAUCUGGUUCAGAGUUCUGGGAAAGUUCCAAAACACUCAAACGCCUUGCUGAAGAGGAUUAUUUUAAAGUCAACGAUGAGUUUGUAUGGCCAGCUACGAUAAAGAAAAUGAUCAGUGAGACUGAUGCUUUAGGAAUGACUGCUGCAGACGAAUAUUCUCUAGCUGUACGAGCACUGGGGGCAGUCACAUGGUAUCUACAGUACAGUCUACUUGACCAAGAGCUCCUCUCUAUGAACAAUUUUGAAGAGUACUGUCCUUUGGAUGGUGUAGAAGUGAAAGAGAAGAAAAAGGAGAGCUUUGGUAGUCGUCAACACAUGGUGUUGGAUGGAGUGACCUUAGCUAACCUUGAUAUCACAGAAAACUCGUCCACUGGCACAUUGGAGGGUACGCUACUGGAGCAACUAGAUCACUGUAAUACCCCCUUUGGUCGACGUCUGUUCAGACAAUGGCUGUGUGCCCCACUUUGUAAUCCUGUCUCCAUUAACGAUCGACUGGAUGCUGUAGAGGAUCUCAUUGGCUGUCCAGAUUUAGUUGCUACAACUGCAGAAAUUAUAAAAAAGUUACCUGAUUUAGAGAGAUUAUUAAACAGAAUCCACAGUCUGGGAUCAGCAUCAAAAAGUAAAAACCACCCCGAUUCUCGUGCCAUCAUGUUUGACGAGGCCAAGUACAGUAAAAAAAAGAUUGAAGACUUCCUUUUGACAAUAGAUGGAUUCAGAACCAUAUCCAAAGUAGCCAAGAAGUUUCAAAGUCAUACAAAGGACUUCAGGUCCAAAUUAUUGACAAAGACCAUGACAGUAUCGAGUGAGGAAGGUGAUGGUUAUUUUCCGGAGCUUCAUGGUGACAUAGAGUUCUUCGAGCAUUCAUUUGACCACAAUAAGGCAAAGAAGGAAGGCGUCAUUGUACACAACAAAGGUGUAGAUGAGGACUAUGAUCAGGCCAUAUCUGACAUCCAGGCCACUGAGCGGUCACUAUUCAAUGUAAACACCUAGCAACUUCAUUACCUGACAAAUGGUUGUAAGACAAUGACGUUCUGGGGUACGGGGAAGAAUCGUUAUCAGAUGGAGGUUCCAGAGAGUGCAUUGAAGCGUGUACCAGAUGAUUAUGAACUGUUCUCAUCAAAGAAAGGAUGGAAGCGGUACAGGACACCAGAAAUUGAUGAAUAUUUGUCAGAACUCACGGAUGCCGAAGAAAGAAAAGAUGUAGCAUUAAAAGAUACACUGCGAAGGAUUUUCCAUAGUUUUGAUGAGAGGUACAAGGCCUGGGAGGUAGCUUUACAGUGUAUUUCUGUAUUGGACGUUCUGAUGUCACUGGCUUCCUACAGUCGCUGUGGUGAUGGAGUCAUGUGUCGCCCAGAAGUUGUCUCCCCUGAUGGUAACACUGAGCCAUUCCUGGAGAUCAGAGAUGGUCGUCAUCCAUGCAUUGCAAAGACAUUUACUGGCGGAGAAUUUAUUCCAAAUGACACGCUUAUUGGCAUGAAGGAUGAGAAUGAGAUGGAGACAGAUGAAGAUGACAAUGCAGACAGUAAGAUCAUCCUGGUAACAGGACCAAACAUGGGCGGUAAAUCCACAUUGAUGCGACAAGUGGGCCUCAUUACUGUUAUAGCUCAAAUGGGUUGCUAUGUACCUGCUGAGAAAUGUCGCAUGACACCAGUGGACCGUGUAUUUACAAGGCUAGGUGCUACAGACAGAAUUAUGGCCGGGGAAAGUACAUUUUUCGUGGAGCUGAGUGAGACAUCGGCUAUUUUACAGCAUGCUACGCGACACUCCUUAGUCCUAAUGGAUGAGUUAGGAAGAGGUACAGCAACAUACGACGGGACAGCUAUUGCAUGUUCCGUUGUUGAGGAACUCUCCAGGCGUGUUUGCUGUCGUACUCUUUUCUCUACACAUUAUCAUUCAUUGGUGGAAGAAUUCUCACAUGACCCGAACAUCAGACUAGGUCACAUGGCAUGUAUGGUGGAGAAUGAAGAUGAGACAGACCCUACACAGGAGACUAUCACUUUCCUCUACAAACUGUCACAAGGAGCCUGUCCCAAGAGUUACGGGUUCAAUGCUGCAAAACUAGCCAGUAUCCCUGAUGAGAAUGUAGUGAGACAUGUGAAAGGUAUUCUCAGGUCAGCUGAAAUACACUUGACCUGGACAGAUCUGGGACAUGUGAAAGAUAUUCUCUGGUCAGCUGAAAUACACUUGACCUGGACAGAUCUGAGACAUGUGAAAGGUAUUCUCAGGUCAGCUGAAAUACACUUGACCUGGACAGAUCUGGGACUUGUGAAAGGUAUUCUCAGGUCAGCUGAAAUUCACUUGACCUGGACAGAUCUGGGACAUGUGAAAGAUAUUCUCUGGUCAGCUGAAAUACACUUGACCUGGACAGAUCUGGGACAUGUGAAAGAUAUUCUCUGGUCAGCUGAAAUACACUUGACCUGGACAGAUCUGAGACAUGUGAAAGGUAUUCUCAGGUCAGCUGAAAUACACUUGACCUGGACAGAUCUGGGACAUGUGAAAGAUAUUCUCUGGUCAGCUGAAAUACACUUGACCUGGACAGAUCUGAGACAUGUGAAAGGUAUUCUCAGGUCAGCUGAAAUACACUUGACCUGGACAGAUCUGGGACAUGUGAAAGGUAUUCUCAGGUCAGCUGAAAUACACUUGACCUGGACAGAUCUGAGACAUGUGAAAGGUAUUCUCAGGUCAGCUGAAAUACACUUGACCUGGACAGAUCUGAGACAUGUGAAAGGUAUUCUCAGGUCAGCUGAAAUACACUUGACCUGGACAGAUCUGGGACAUGUGAAAGGUAUUCUCAGGUCAGCUGAAAUACACUUGACCUGGACAGAUCUGAGACAUGUGAAACAUAUUCUCUGGUCAGCUGAAAUACACUUGACCUGGACAGAUCUGGGACAUGUGAAACAUAUUCUCAGGUCAGCUGAAAUUCACUUGACCUGGACAGAUCUGGGACAUGUGAAACAUAUUCUCUGGUCAGCUGAAAUACACUUGACCUGGACAGAUCUGAGACAUGUGAAACGUAUUCUCAGGUCAGCUGAAAUACACUUGACCUGGACAGAUCUGAGACAUGUGAAAGGUAUUCUCAGGUCAGCUGAAAUACACUUGACCUGGACAGAUCUGAGACAUGUGAAAGGUAUUCUCUGGUCAGCUGAAUUUGAAAAGACCUCGAGAAAAUGAAUUGUAGAUUGAUCAGUGUCAUGUAGACUGCAGUAGGAAAUUGUGUGCAAGAUUUUCUUCAUCUGAAGUAAUGGAUUAAGUCACUAGAUAUACAAGGUUAGUCAGGCCACACACUGGGUCACAUGUUUUUAAGUGGUCAUUUGUAGGUCAUUUUCAAGGUCAGGGUAUCAUGACUCUAGACAGUGUUUCACCUUGUGUAGAGAACAAUAUCUCAAAGGAAUCAAAGUGUAUGAUAUCGAUAGCAGAAUGCUUUAUCAAUGUAGAUGUUUCCUCAAACUAAAUGUACCUGUUUAAGAGAUCAGAGCUAUUGCAUUGCUAUUUUGAUGUUAAAACAAUGUAAUAAACAAUUUUAAAUGACAAUAAAAUAAUCCUCUUAUAAA